UUUUUUUUUUUUUUUUUUUUUUUUUUUUUUUUUUUUUUUAAUUUCUUAAUCGAGGGAGCCGAUGGGAUGGCGAUGGAACUAUGCUGUACAAUGUUAUGUACUAUAGUACAGAUUUGACUUGCAAAGACUGACUGAUCCGAUGAUAAGGUGCAGAAUAGCGUUACCGCAGUACAUUACAUUACAUUACCACGGGCUAUCGAGUAAUGAAUCGGAAACUGCAAGGUGAUGAGAAGUUUCUUCCAACCAGGAUGGAUGGAUGGAUUGAUGGAAGGAUGGGAGAGGGGGUACGGAUGAUAGGCGUGGUAUCCAUCCAUGGGAUUCUGCCUGUACGCUACUUGGACCGACACGGUGUCGAGGAGGAGGCACGUGUACGCGGUACCUUCCCUGCUUUGCCGAGUGCCUGACGUCCUCCUCCUCCUCCACCACCUUGCCAGCCAGCGCUCUCCAGCAACUUCGAGAAGCCGUGCUCCAACUGUUGCAUCUCCAGCCUGUGACGGCCUCGGAUCGGGCACUUGGUCACUGAAUCGGGUGAUGCAUCAACCGAGACCGGGACGGCUGGAGCCACUCUUGGAGCCCUCCACAGGGGCGGGGGGCCGUUCUUCAGUCUCAUCCAUCCCUUCUUCCAUGAUUGCAACGUACUGUACGUGGAGUAACGUACAGUAUCCGUACAUUGUGGAUACACUCCGCGCUCAUCAACUCGGUGACGAAGAAACGGGGAAUCGCAGCAGCAAGAGGGAGUUGGAGAGAUGGAGAGGUAGUGUAACAUACCUAGGUAACACACGAGCUGUGAACAGUACAGGGAAGAGAAGACUCCAACUGCACGUACCCGUACUGUAUGCAAGUACUGUACACUGCUGGGGCCUUCCCAGUGCCGCCGUAGUCGCAGCAUUUUUUUUUCUUCUCUCUCCUCUUCCUUGGAUAUCCAGUCCAUACUGUCUGUCCGCUCCAGUAAGGAAAGUCAGAUCAGACUCUAAUUAACCCCAAGGUUGGCUUUAUUAUGUAAGAGGUUGGCUGCGGUUGGCUGGGCGUUGCGCUUGCGCGGUUGUUCUUACCUUAGCAAUCUACCAUCUACCCCCCCCAAGGUGGGAAACCGCUCCUCGCUUGUCUCCAAUUUUUCUGAUCCUUCCC